CCCAUUCUUGUACUCAACUGUUAGUUAAAAGAAAUCAUCUAAAAUUUAUAGUUUCUUGGACAAAUAGAAGUUAUGUUUCUAUUAUAGUUAGUUAUUUAAAGCUUUAAUGCAGAGAAAUUAAGGAGAAAAUAUAAAAUAUAUGGCUUCUCUACAGAUAUCGAACCCUGUGUUUUCUUCCAUUUCAAUUUCCCAGUCAAAUUUUCCUGGAAAAUCUGAAUCCAGGAACAGAAUUCUCAAGUUUCAGAGAUGUAGAAGCCGCAGGUCCCUCCACAGCCAAAGAUCUAGAAUCUGUUGUGCCACUGAAGAAGGUGACAACAGAAGUAAUGGUGAAGAACCGACUGAGUCACUGUUUAUGAAGGAGUUGAAGAGGAGGGGGAUGACACCCAAUUCAUUGCUGGAGGACACCAAAAAACCCAGAUUGGAUGAGGAGAUGAAAGUAGGGGAAGAAGGAGGAAGCGUCUCGAAAAGAAAUGCUGUGUCCACUGAAUUCGACAAAAGCUUAUCUAAUCAAAGGGAGCGCUCGAUGGAAUUGAACAGCGAAGGCCUUGAGGGGCUGAUUCCGCGGGCUAAACUGUUGCUAACACUCGGGGGAACUUUCUUCCUCAGCUUUUGGCCUUUUAUUCUCGCAACCAUAGUGUUUUUUUCCGCUCUCUACCUCUAUUUCGGAUCAUCUUUCAUUCACGACGGAAGUAUAACCCCUGUUGCACCGCCGCAAUACAUAGAUCCGUAUACGCUUCUCGAAGAUGAAAGGAUAUACCAAACUCCCCCCGACAUAAAUUGAACAAGUGUUCCACCAUACAAGAAAAUUUUCUUCCAUCUCCUGUAAUUAUUUAUUUGUAAAUAUGUAAGCAAAAGUUUGGCUUCAAUCA